AAUUAUACUCCACUCACGAGAACUAUGUACUUUGCACUUUGGUUAAAGUCUUGUUUAAAUUUAAAUUUCUAAACUUUUCUUAAGAAAUUAAGUUUUAUAUGACCUCCUCUUUUCUGAAUUGCAGAAAUCAGAUAAAACUACUUGAUAAAAAUGACUUCUUGUCAUGUUACUAAAGAUCCUAUAAAAAAGGUUGCUAUCUUUGGAGGAACUCAUGGGAAUGAGUUAACAGGAGUAUUUCUAGUUAAGCACUGGCUGGAGAAUGGCACUGAGAUUCAGAGAACAGGGCUGGAAGUAAAACCAUUUAUUACCAACCCAAGAGCAGUGAAGAAGUGUACCAGAUAUAUUGACUGUGACCUGAAUCGAGUUUUUGACCCUGAAAAUCUUGGCAAAAAAUUGUCAAAGGAUUUGCCAUAUGAAGUGAGAAGGGCUCAAGAAAUAAAUCAUUUGUUUGGCCCAAAAGACAAUGAAGAUUCCUUUGACAUUAUUUUUGACCUUCACAACACUACUUCUAACAUGGGAUGCACUCUUAUUCUUGAAGAUUCCAGAAAUGACUUUUUAAUUCAGAUGUUUCAUUAUAUUAAGACUUCUUUGGCUCCAUUACCCUGCUAUGUUUAUCUUAUUGAACAUCCUUCCCUCAAAUAUGCAACCACUCGUUCUAUAGCCAAGUAUCCUGUUGGUAUAGAAGUUGGUCCCCAGCCUCAAGGGGUUCUGAGAGCUGAUAUUUUGGAUCAAAUGAGAAAAAUGAUUAAACAUGCUCUUGAUUUUAUACAUAAUUUCAAUGAAGGGAAAGAAUUUCCUCCAUGUGCUAUUGAAGUCUAUAAAAUAAUGGAGAAAGUUGAUUAUCCCAGGAAUGAAAAUGGAGAUAUUGCUGCUAUUAUCCACCCUAAUCUGCAGGAUCAAGACUGGAAACCGCUGCACCCUGGGGAUCCUGUGUUUUUAACUCUUGACGGACAGAUAAUUCCAUUGGGCGGAGACGAUACUGUGUACCCAGUGUUUGUAAAUGAGGCUGCGUAUUACGAAAAGAGAGAAGCUUUCGCAAAGACAACCAAACUAACACUCAGUGCAAAGAGUAUUCGCUCCUCUUUACAUUAGGAAUCACUUCUAACCCCCUGUGUACAGUAUCUCUACUAGUUUGUAAGCUCUUGAGGGGCAGGAUUGUGCCUUCUUCAGCUUCAUACCCAUAGCACCAGUCCAGUGCCUUGCACACAGUGGGCAUGGAGGCAAAUUUUCUGAAUGAAUGAAUAAAUGA